AUGAACGGCCUGUCCAUCAGUGAGCUCUGCUGCCUCUUCUGCUGCCCACCCUGUCCCGGCCGAAUCGCAGCCAAAUUGGCUUUCCUGCCUCCAGAGCCUACCUACUCCCUUGUGGCCGAGCCUGACCCAGGUUCCAGCGGAGGGGGCUCCACCCCGGGGCAGGGCUCUGGGGGUGCUCUGGGCCGCUGGAAAUUGCACCUGACAGAGCGAGCCGACUUCCAGUAUACACAGCACGACCUGGACACGACUGAGGUCUUCUUUACCAAGAGCAGUCGAGGGAACCGCAUUUCCUGCAUGUAUGUACGCUGUGUGCCAGGGGCCAGGUUCACAGUUCUGUUCUCCCAUGGCAAUGCAGUGGACCUGGGCCAGAUGAGCAGCUUCUACUUUGGCCUGGGCACCCGCAUCAACUGCAACAUCUCCUCUUAUGACUACUCAGGCUACGGGGUGAGCUCAGGAAAACCCUCUGAGAAGAAUCUCUAUGCUGACAUUGACCCUGCUUGGCAGGCCCUUCGGACCAGGUAUGGCAUCAGCCCAGAGAACAUAAUCUUGUAUGGGCAGAGCAUCGGGACAGUGCCUACCAUGGACCUGGCCUCGAGUUAUGAGUGUGCUGCUGUGGUGCUGCAUUCCCCCCUCACCUCGGGCAUGAGGAUCGCCUUCCCCGAUACCAAGAAGACCUAUUGCUUCGACACCUUCCCCAACAUUGAGAAGGUCUCCAAGAUCACAUCGCCUGUGCUGAUCAUCCAUGGCACGGAAGACGAGGUGAUUGACUUCUCACAUGGACUAGCGCUAUAUGAGCGCUGCCCAAAAGCUGUGGAGCCACUCUGGGUGGAGGGUGCCGGGCACAAUGACAUAGAGCUCUAUAGCCAAUACUUGGAGCGUCUCCGAAAGUUCAUUUCACAAGAGCUGACAAACCAGCGCAACCGAGGCCCCCGAUGAGCCCCAUGGGCCAAGAUGGGUACCACCGGGCAGACAGGCCAAGAUGGGCACUCCACUGGGAGCUCAGAACCACUGCUGAGGAGUGAGAACUCAACAGGGUUAGCCCACUGGAGGAUUGGGAAGCGGGGAGACUCCCCAACCCUGGGCUUGCCUCUCUACAUCUGGUGCCCCUGGCCUCUUCUGACAUCCACUCCCCUUCCAGGAGAGGGGAGGGACAGAAUGACCCCCAUCUUCCUCCCCACAGAGUCCGCAGUGAUGACCCCAAACUGCUGCUAACACUGGGGCUGCCCCCACCCCCUGGGAGGAGCUGAGCAAUCCAA